AUUUAUUUCCGGAGAAAUAAAUAAAUUCCAGUUACAGAUCGAAGCAGUUGGGCAGCUCACCGAUCUCAACAAUGGCUCUUUAAUUGCUCUCUCUCUCUCUCUCUCUCGUUCUCUCUCUAGGUAGCUCCUGUUCUGUAUCAAAAUCUGUAUAAAUUCAUCUCGUUGCCUACGGAGUAGCUUAUCUUCACCUCUUUAUCUCUAUUCAAUGGCGGGAUUUUUGUCGGUUAUCAGGCGUCUAUACCUCACUAUCUACAACUGGACCGUCUUCGUUGGAUGGGCUCAGGUAUUGUUCCUUGCUUUGAAGACCUUAAAGGAAUCAGGUUACGAGCAUGUCUACGAUGCGGUCGAGAAACCUCUUCAGUUCGCUCAAACCGCGGCCGUUCUGGAGAUUCUUCACGGUUUGGUAGGUUUGGUUAGAUCUCCCGUUAUGGCGACACUGCCACAGAUAAGUUCGAGGUUGUAUUUGACUUGGGGCAUUCUGUGGAGUUUCCCCGAGGUUAGGUCUCAUAUGAUUGUUAGCUCACUCGUUAUUAGCUGGUCCGUUACUGAGAUAAUUAGGUAUUCUUUCUUUGGCAUGAAAGAGGGUUUGGGUUCUGCUCCUUCAUGGCUCCUGUGGCUCAGGUAUAGCACCUUUCUAUUGUUAUAUCCAACCGGAAUAUCCAGUGAAGUUGGACUAAUAUACCUUGCCUUACCAUACAUUAAGAGAUCCGAUAAGUACUGUAUAAGGAUGCCCAACAAAUGGAACUUUUCUUUUGAUUACUUCUACGCUGCAAUACUUGCCCUUGGAAUUUAUGUCCCAGGUUCUCCUCACAUGUACACUUACAUGCUUGGGCAGAGGAAGAGGGCUCUCUCCAAAUCCAAGAGAGAGUAAUAUGACAACAAAAUUUCUUUGUCUGGUUGGUGAUGUCAAAAACCCCAAAUAUUUAAUUAGAAAUGUUACCCUUUUUUUAUUUGAUUAGAGCUACAUUUGUAUUACUUCAUUUAGUCCUUGUGUUGAAUAGGAAUGAGAGAGAGCUUUUCAUUUGGUUUUCUGGCAUCGAUGAAUUAGGGCUGGCAAAAUUUGAAAUGUGCCUCUAAUUAAUAUUAGGGAUGGCAUAGACAGAUUAUCUAGACAUGAAAUUAAUCCAAUGUAAAAAAUUAGUGAAAUAAUAGA